UCUGAGAAGUCAGAAAGAACAACAAAGAGGUCUAAAGUAUCCACUAUCCGAAGGAUAUUUGAUAUGGCAAAACAUCGAACAAAGAGGUCUUCUUUUUUCCCAACUGGAGUGAAGGUUUGCCCUCAAGAGUCAGUGAAGCAAAUUUUAGCAAGCCACCAAGCUUAUUAUAGGCUAAGAGUUUGCCAAGAAGCUGUAUGGGAAGCCUUCCGGAUCUUUCUGGAUCGGAUUCCAGAUGCAUCAGAAUACCAGAAUUGGGUCACCGCCUGUCAACGAGACACUUUCUGCAUAUUUGACAUUGGGAAAAAUUUCAGUAAUUCUCAGGAGCAUCUGGAGAUAAUUCAACGGCGAGUAAAGCAUAGGACCUUCCAGGAUAGAAAAGAGGAAAUUUCUACAGAGAAAACUAGUGGCAAAAAAAUUGAAGAACCUUCUGUUGCUACAGCCCCUAUAGGCCCCGUUGUUGACGACACCAAAGCUCCUGUGAAGGAGCCAAAGCCAGAGGUCCCAAACAUAGUCCCCGAACGUCCUGUGGAGCAGAUGGUGGAGUUCAGUGUGACCCUCACUGACCAGGAGUAUACCCCAGAACUGAGUGAUCCUGCAUCUCCUCAGUACCAGAAACUAGCUGAAAAAUUUCAGCUUCAAAUGCAAAAGAUAUUUGAGAAACUUGCAGGAUUCAAAGAAAUCCGUGUGUUAGGAUUUAGACAGAAGAAGGAAAAAGAUGGGUCAAGCAGCACGGUAGCUCGGUAUGUCAUCAACUUUGAGAGAGAGGAGUCUGAAGUUAAAGGUCCUGCGGAUGACAUCUCAACUAUCAGCUCCAACAAGAUUGAAAACGAAAAAGGUUCUAUUAGUACGGAGGGUGAGAUACCAGCAACUAAACCGAGAGUGACAGACCUUCAGCAGAUGGUUGCCAUGGCACUACAGGAAGAUAAGUCACUGUCCAUGGAUCUUGGGACACUUCAGUUUACUGACGAAGCCGUUAGGCCAUCAAGUGACGUAGAUAAUGAUAUCCAAUCCAUGGUAACAGAUGGUGUCGCUGGACCUGGGUUGGAGGUUAGCGACGAGGAGAGGGAAGAUGAGAAGAUGAAAGACCAGAUCCCCAGCACAGACUCAACAAUCCUCUCUGAGCAAGAUGCAAAGAUUACUGAUGAACUGGAAUCUUCAGGCGAUGAGAUUUUGGCUGCAAUAAGUACUAUACCGUAUGUCAUUGGUUCUCCUGCUCUUCCCACCUCUCUUCCUGAAGAUAUUUUGGGGCCUACAGAUCAGAUCAUUUUAUUGCCUGCUGUGACUACCAGUGGUCCUUCCAUUGUCAUUGACCAGUCUUUUGAAGCAACAAGCUCUGGGUGGGCAGUGACUGACAGUGACAUCCCUACAGGAUUUGACAUGGGGGUGCAAGAUAUUGCUACUGAACUAGAUACGGUUGACAUCAUGAGGCCAGCAACAAUUAGUGAGGAUGGAAGUGGCUACUAUGCGCUGCCUGAAACUCCGGAUAUGACUCCAGCUCCUCCACUGAAGUACGUAACCACCAGCUCAAUGACAACUGUAGCCAAAGGCAAAGAGCUAGUAGUCUUCUUCAGCUUGAGAGUAACCAACAUGCGGUUUUCCGAUGACCUCUUCAAUCGGAGUUCCUCAGAAUACAAAGCACUCGAACAGCAGUUCAUGCAGCUGCUUCUUCCUUACCUACAGUCCAACCUAACAGGCUUCAAGCAACUGGAAAUACUGAACUUCCGCAAUGGAAGUGUGAUUGUCAACAGCAAAAUGAAGUUUGCGAAGUCAGUGCCGUACAACAUCACAGAGGCUGUCCAUUGUGUGCUGGAGGAUUUUUGUGAUGCAGCAGCUCAGCGCCUUAACCUUGAAAUUGACAGCUAUUCCCUUGAUAUUGAGCCAGCUGAUCAAGCAGAUCCUUGCAAGUUCAUGGGAUGCGACGAAUUUUCACAGUGCGUAAAGAACGACUGGACGAAAGAGGCCGAUUGCCUUUGUAAGCCUGGUUAUGUACGAAGAGAUGGUCUGCCGUGCCGUAGCCUGUGUGAGAUUGAGCCACACUUGUGUGUUAAUGGUGGCAAGUGUGAAUUGGUUCCAGGAAGAGGGGCAGUGUGUAGAUGCCCAGCCCGUAGAAACAGCCAAGGGCGUUGUGCAAAAUACGCUCCAGCACCUACCCGGUCCAACAUCUCCAAAGCUUUGAUGCUUGGCUUAUUAAGCCUAGUUAUUCUUCUCAUCACUUUAAUAUAUAAGUUGCGAAGAAAAUGCAAUACCAAGCCUAAACUGGAAGGUCCUCCUCUCAGCCAAAGCAACACAGAGAAUGCUGUCAGAAUUAAUCCUGCCUUUGACCACCAUGAACCCAUCAGUAGUUUGUGUCAUGGGCCCUGUAAUGUAAGUGCUUGUAUCAGUCCUUCAGAGAGCAGUGAUCGAGAACUGCAAAAGCAUGACCACAGAACAGAGAAUGGAGGUAAAAUGCAUGCAAAUACUACUCGUUCCUCUUCAAAAUGGGUCUUCUCUUAG